UGAAGAACGGAUUGCAGAAGCUGGUAAACAAUUUUAUUGUGGGAUAAUCAAUCGGCCAUAUACAUAUGGAUGGAUCAAGAUAUUUGGCGCUACAUUGUUCAUGGCAAAGGGAUACCAUCGCAACACAGAGGUCAUCAAAUGCUCCAGAAGGAUGACUUAA